GCGCCGACAGUUGUGGCAGGCGCAACAGUGGACAGUGCACUUGUUUUCGGGCAAUGGGGUCAGAAACGAUCCUCUUCGAGAUCUGCCGGGCUUGCUGGAGAUUGACAGCAAGAAGGGGUGGGAUCUAAAGAACGAGAAGAUCUAUGGUGUUCUUCUGUGGGCGGCCAAAGAGGGACGGAUCAAGCACGUCUUCGGUGGCCCGCCGGCUGCGACCUAUUCACCUCUACGCUUCAGGCAGAAUGGAGAGUCGGGGCCCAGGGCAGCGAGGUCAAUGCAUGAACCAUGGGGACUCAAGGAGGGACUCGGGGUCGAAGAUGAAGCCCGGGUUAGAAAUGAGAACCAGGUGCUGUUCAAGAUGAUCUGGCUUUGGCUAUGUGCGGAGGCGGCGGUCGAGAACAAAGAUCCUGGAGGACCUCAUGUGGGUUUCUGCUUAGAGUUUCCCGAGGACCCCAAGCUUUACAUGCCAGAGGGACCCCAUCGUGAUGCUUGCGUGUCUACAUGGAGCACAGAGUUUAUGAGGCGCUUCGUUGAGGAGACGGGCAUGGUCAAGUUCCACUUUGAGCAAGGAGCCCUCGGACAUGUCAUGCGGAGGCCUACAUGUUGCUUGAGCAAUUUGGGACUUAGUAUCAAUGGCUUGAAGGAUUCCAGGUGUUGGACCUCAAAGGAAGAUGGCCAGGAGGUGGACCAGACGAUUUGGCCGCAUGGUUUUCGGAUCACCUUGGCGGACGCUAUCCAUGAGUGGAACAAUGCCUUGAACCGAGUGGUGGUGAAAAAGGCGAUGUCAAAGACUGAAAUGGCAGAGUGGAAGGCUCAUGUGGAACGAGGUACCGGACGCCCAGCCAGGCGAGUUAUCCACAGGGAUGCCUAUGCUAUGAGUCUGGACAUUGCUGGGCCGUUUGCGGAUCGCGGUAGAGAUGAAGUGAGGGGGAGGAAAUACAAGUUUGUUUUGGCGGCAACGUACCUCUACCCCAAAGUCAGAGAUGUUCCGGAGGAUGAGCCUUUGGAUGAGGAGGAGGGCCUGGACGGGUUUCUAGCCGACGAAGAGGAUUCCGAGGUGGAAGAGUUGGACCCGGUCGAUGAUGGGGAAAUGGACGCCCAGGAAGAAGAGUGGAAAAAGAAGGUUGAAGGGCUUAAGCAGCCUAUGGAGAUGCAGAUGCUGCGUUUCUGUGUACCUCUGGAGCGUCACACAGGCAAGGAGAUUCUGGAGUGCAUUCAGGACUUGUAUGUGAAGAUAAGGACGAUGGGGCUGCCUUUGACCCGUAUUCACAGCGAUCGAGCGAGGGAGUUCAGAGUCAAGCCGGUGAAGAAAUGGUGUCGGGAGAGGGACAUCUACCAGACGUUCACAGAAGGCUUGACGCCUACCCAAAACGCUGUGGCGGAGGGUCAUGUGAAGUGGCUCAAGGCUCAAGCUCGAGUACGACUUCAAGCAACAGAGCUGGAUAAGGAGCUUUGGCCCUGCGCAAUGAAGCAUGCUUGUCAGGUGCACAAUGCCAGGCAACUGGGACUAAAGAUUCCAGACCUCAAGUUCGGAUCGGUCGUAUGGGUGAAGUCGAAAAAGGACCGUGGACCUUUCGAUCCCCGAUGGGAGCGUGGAGUCUACAUGGGCCCAGCCGAUGAUGUGAGAGAAGGACAUGUUGUUCGCCUGGAUGAUGGUUUGUGGCUUCGGACAUUGCAUAUGCGUACGGUGAGAGAUGAUGAGAUCGAUGAGGAAGAUGAAGCCGAGCACGUGGUGGACCUCAUUGAACCUACUCGCCGUGUGAGAUCCAAGACCAAGCUAAGUGACCCGGAGAUCCAUGCGAUGAAGGUGGGCGAACGAAGGGCGCUGGUUGACAAGUUGUUGGCAUCACCAAUGUGGGAGUCAAAGGAAGCUAAGGUUGAAAGGCCACAAAUGAAGGAAGGCGACGUGUGGGACGGAGCGGCUUACUUGAAUUUGGGAGCUUACCAGCAUGGGGGAAUUACAAGCAUCACGGCUGCCACGGAAAGGUUUGCGCAAGAGACGGAGCUGGCAGCUAA